AUGUCGGAAGGCGGUGCGCCGGCGAGGAGUAAAAAGUAUGAAGGAAUAGUGCAGCGAUAUCAACCCCAGACCUAUCAGAAGUCGCAAGCUGCGUACGCUGGUCGUGACGCCGCCAGUCAUCUAUUCAAACCCAGUCGUGAUUAUUUCAACGAGCCUCUCAAGCCCGACCACCAUCUGCGGCCGCUGUGGAUCGACCCGCAGAAUGGGAAGGUCGUCCUUGAGACCUUUGCUCCCAGCUUCAAGCAAGCCCAGAACUUCCUUAUUAAUAUCGCAGAGCCUCAAAGUCGCACAACGAACAUGCACGAAUACACUAUAAGUCCUCACAGUCUAUUCGCGGCCGUUAGCGUAGGUCUCACGGAGCAAGACAUCGUCCGUGAUCUUGAACUCUUCUCCAAAACAAAAGUGCCGGAGAACAUCAUUAAUUUCGUCCACGAAGUCACACAAUCUUUCGGAAAGGUGCGACUUGUGCUGAAGCACAACAAAUACUUCGUCGAAAGCAAUGACGCGUCCGUACUUCAGAUGCUUCUGCGAGAUCCAGUCAUUAGCUCUUGCCGCGUGGACGACUCCGACGAGCUGAAGACCGAGAAGGCGGCCAAGAAGGGCGAUCUGAUCAUCGGUGGCACAGAAGAGGCGACUCGAGCGAAGAACGCCAUGGCACAGAUCGAACAGCAACAGAAGAGAGAAGACGACGACGAAGAGGACAGCGACGACGAAUAUGGUGGCCGUCAAGCUGAGAAGGACAUGACCGAAUUCUUGCGCGAGGAGGAAGACGAUGACGAUACCGACCAAGUACACUCGUUCGAGGUCGAUGGCGAAAAGAUCCAGCUCGUGCAAGAACACUGUAAUGUGAAGCUCAAGCUGCCUCUGACCGAAGAAUACGACUUCAGAGCAGACGAUAUCAACGCUAAUCUCGACAUUGACCUCAAGCCGAACGUCCAGAUUCGCUACUACCAAGAACACGCGCUUAGCAAAAUGUUUGGCAACGGACGCGCUAGAAGCGGAAUUAUCGUGCUGCCCUGUGGUGCCGGCAAGACACUAGUCGGCAUUACUGCAGCAUGUACGGUCAAGAAGAGCGCGAUUGUGCUUUGCACUAGCGCAAUGAGUGCCGUGCAGUGGAAAGAUGAAUUUAAGAAGUGGUCAAACAUCAAUCCAGACGACAUAGUAAUCUUCACCAGUGGCGAAAAGCAGAAGCUCAGGGACAAAGCAGGUGUCAUCAUCUGCACAUACAGCAUGGUCACGCAAAACACACGGCGCGCGCAUGACAGCAAGGUGGUCAUGGACUUCAUCAUGUCUCGUGAGUGGGGAUUAAUGGUUCUGGACGAGGUGCAUGUCGUGCCCGCAGAAAUGUUCAGGCGUGUGACAGAACGCAUUAAGACACAUUCGAAGCUUGGGCUGACCGCAACACUUCUCCGCGAAGACGAUAAGAUUAAGGAUCUGAAUUUCCUUAUCGGGCCCAAGUUAUACGAGGCCAACUGGCUGCAGCUAAGCGAAGAAGGCCACAUUGCACGCGUUCAAUGUGCGGAGGUCUGGUGUCCAAUGACUACUGAGUUCUACUCUGAGUAUCUGUCAGCUCAGACGACCAACAAGCGCGGCUUGCUGUCUACCAUGAAUCCGAGGAAGUUUCAAGCAUGCCAGUUCUUAAUCAACUUCCACGAGAGCAGAGGCGACAAGAUCAUUGUCUUUUCGGACAAUGUGUAUGCUCUGCGAAAAUACGCGGAAGCGCUACAAAAGCCAUUCAUUUUUGGUGAUACUAGCCAGAAGGAACGAGAAAUGGUGCUAGCCAACUUCCAGAUGAACGAUGCAGUCUCGACAAUCUUCCUCUCCAAGAUCGGUGACACUUCUCUGGAUCUGCCAGAGGCAACCUGUCUCAUACAAGUCUCCUCUCAUUACGGCUCGCGUCGCCAAGAAGCGCAGCGCCUUGGUCGUAUCCUGCGAGCGAAGCGACGAAACGACGAGGGCUUUAACGCAUUCUUCUACUCUCUGGUUUCCAAGGACACAAACGAGAUGUUCUACUCUUCCAAACGCCAGGCCUUCCUCGUCGAUCAAGGCUACGCUUUCAAAGUUAUUACACAUCUCAACGGCAUCGAGAAGAUGCCGAACCUCAAAUUCACCACCCAGCAGGAGCGAAUGACUGCCCUGCAAGAUGUAUUACUACAAAGCGAGACGGCCGGCGAUGUCGAAGAUAUCAAAGACGAUCUCUUCUCCGAUCGAAAUGUCUCGCGCGGCAAGGCGAAGGGUAAAGGCGUGCGGAGGCAGGCUGGUACGCUGUCCUCACUGGCCGGAGGAGAAAAUAUGGCAUACUACGAAUACAGCAAGAAUAAUCCCAAUAAAGCGCUCGCCGCAAAGCCUCGUAAUCAGUUUUUUAAGAAGCACGAGAAGCAACAGGAGCGGAAGAGGAAAGCGGCGCGGGAGAUGCUUGAAUAAUGAAAGCUUCGAGAAUCCUAGGCUAGACUUCAUAACGCUGACCAUGGGAUAUGCUGCUC